AUGGUGGCCACAGUGGUGAACUUGAAGUUCUUUGAUGUGGCCACCAUCUUUGUGGCCACCAUUUUGACUUUUUGCCCAUCCCCUCUCAUCUCCAAAGAGGGGAAUAGCUACGCUAUUGAAAAACUCCAGACAGAACAUACCCACAGCCAACAACAGAUCAAGGACUUAGAGACAAAGUUGGAGGAAAUACAAGACCAUGUUCUCUCCAAGUUAAAAGCUGUAGAAGCUAUUCAGGAAAAAAAUGCUUCUCUACAAGAGGAAAUCACUUCUCUGAAAAAUACACUUGGAUGUAUCAAAGGAACGAAGCCAGCGCUGUAUCAGUUGCCUGCUACUCCAAUCCACUUCCAGCAUAUCUCAGAGUCCAAAACCAGCAUCACAGCCAAGCCUUCAGAGAAAGUUGUAUUCUCACAGUUCAGAGAGUCUACUUCAACAGUCACUCUGCUUCAAGGAAGAUCUUCAUCUAGGACAGUCCGAUUUCCUGUAUCUUCUCUUGUAACAGUAAACAAAGCUUUAGCAGCUUCCAACACCAGCAGCAAUCUACUACAAAAACAGUACUUUCCCAGCCCCGACAACAUUAGCUUUGACAACGAAGAACUUGGGAAAGGUCAGGACUAUACGAGAGCAUUAUUUGCUGGUGCUAAGAACAGCAGUACCGAAGUGAUGGAGAAGACAGCACGGUCCCAUAUUCCCCCCGAAUACUACAGUUCAUCGUCAUCCAGUGUUGGGAACCUUAAAAUUACUGAAGUUCAUUUAGGUGGCCAUUAUGUGAAGAUAAUUAAUAAUUCUCCUGAUAAAGAAGAAGGCAUUGGAGACCAUACUCUUCAGCAGAACGUUAAUGGCCACCCAGCAGCCAUUUUUAAAUUCCCCCCAAACAUCAGAAUGAAGUCAAACUCCUUUGUGACAGUAUGGUCCAUGAAUUCUAAAAUGCAUCAUAAGCCUCCCACGGACUACCUCUGGAAGGAGCUGGACAAGUUCCAAUCUGACCCCGAAUGCACCACUAUUCUUUGCAAUCCUUCUGGACAGGCUGUUGCUUGGUAUACGCCCAUGAAUUGGAAGAGAAAGACAUCAAAGGAGAUUGAAGCCGAUUCUAGAGUUAGCAUGAAAUUAGCGCAGCCUGUUAGAAGACUCCAACAGCAACAGGACCACUGGGAAACAAGGGCAUUUGAUAUAUGGCAAGGAAUGCCUAGCCAAAGCUAUAUAGCAGAAAGCGAACCAGAUUACAUCAUAAGGGAAAAAAAGAUGCCACCAAUCCUGCACCCUGUUCAAAAUUCAUGGUGUCAGAGUCCAGAUUCUCCCACACAUCCCCAUUUCUCCAUGGGAAGAUACCUCCCACCAGGCAGCAAAGCGAGUCACAUGUUGAGCCAAACAAGGUCACAACUGGUGAAACCUUUUCCUGAUCUUGGUGAUUUCUACUCAGGAGAAAGUUGUAAGAUAAAGCCAGCCACAGGGGGUAGGAACAGGAAAAACCGAAUAAAGCCACCUCGAUCAGCUGGGCCUAAUUUAGGUGGAGUGAUUUAUAUAGGUUCGGCUGCCCCCAUCGGUUCUCCUUUACAGAAGUAUUUUGCCCAUUCAUCUUCCCACUUCAAGCUCCUGGCUCAGGCAUCUCUGACUCCGUUACCUUUCUCUAGCAUCUCACCGAGGAUCAAUGAAUGA